AUGACUGGGAAGACUAUCGUGAACCUCCCGUGUGAUGGCGAUGCAGAAGGUGUGGUCCCUCCUGAUCAGCAGCUUCUGGUCUGUGCAAGCAGGCAUGACGAGGGAGACCUGGCCGUUGGCCUGCAAAAGGGAACAUGUACCAGGCGGUACGUGUUUUGUUUUUCCUUUGGCGGACGUGCCGCCAGUCUUGUCGCAGUGUCUAUUAUCCUGGCCGUGGCCGUUGUUUUCAGCGUAGUAGCCGCUCGCAAGCGGGGUGUUUCUCGUAACGAGCCCAUCAGUUCCGACAUAUCUAGCCUCGCAGAAAAUUCCAGCCUUGGAGCCGCAGUGUGCAUCCUGGGCCAACUGUCGCGGCUAGAGAUUGAGAGCAAAAUGCAGAACAUUAUAGAACCGCUCGCCAACUUUACAACAGUGAAGGUGUUCUUGUCUCUGGAGACUGGCGAUCACGGGGUCUUCAACAAUCGUAUAACAGCAGAUAAAGAGGAUGUCCGAUGCCCCAGCUCGCUGUUGGACGUGGAUGGGGUGAAGGCAGCGUUUGCACCAUAUUUCAAAGACGGAGUGUUUGCGCCACAUGUGGACGAGAAUGUCACUUUGGAGAGGUGGCCGAAGCUGUACAAAUGGAAGCACCCAGGCAACAACGCACAUGACAUCGCUCAACGAAGGAUCCACAUCGCCAACGUCGCCAGCCAACUGAGACACCAGAAGGUCUGCUCGGAGUUGAUCCAACAGAGCGAGGUGUCUACAGGGGGUAAAUACGAUAUUGUGGUCAAGGUCCGCGACAACACCAUCGCGAUGCGGCCUGUGGCGCCAGACAAGCUUCUAUCAAUCACAGAAGUCGUCCUCAAGGAUUGUAGUAAGUGGGGUGGCGUGAACGAUAAAGUCAUGGCGCUCCCACGCAAGCAUCUCGAGAAGAGCUUGGGCGCCACAUAUCCUUCCAUGAUAGCCGUCAUGAACGAUGACCCGCUGGAUCAUAAGCUACGGUCAAUGUCGGAUCAGUCCGCAAACACGGAACAAGUGGUCAUGCAUACGCUUGUUGGGAAUGCCGUUCCUUUCCGCGAAUUGACGUUCGAGAAGGGCGACCGAGAUGGUGGGGCACGAUGGCGAAUCUGCCUUUCGUGGACGGCAGGUGCUAUGCUGGCAAGGAGCCAGGAAGCGAAAACCGUUGGUGCAUCGUGUCUCACUGCAAGGACUGCUGGCCGAGCACACCCUGGACGUACAACGUUUCCUGCGAGGUGGCCGUGA